ACCUAAAAACGAACCUAUAUUUAAAGACGGAACAACCCCCCUCCUUUGUCCUUUCUCCUCCCUCCUCACGCAUUGAUCAGUUGUGCUCUGUUUCCCAUCUCUUCCAAAAUUUCCAACCAUGAGCGACGAACUAGCCCAAGAUUUUUCUCCCCUCCUCAAAGUAUACAAAGACGGUCGAGUCGAGCGGCUCCUAGGCACAGCCAGAGUUCCUGCAUCGAUCCAUCCCCAAACCGGUGUCCAAUCCAAAGACGUCGUCAUCUCAACCUCACCACCCAUCUCUGCAAGGCUUUACAUUCCCAAAUCAUCCGCCUCAUCUGAGUCAAGCCAGAAGCUCCCUGUUCUCGUCUACUUUCACGGCGGUGGCUUCUGCAUUGAGAGUGCUUUCUCUCCCGCUUACCACAACUACCUCAACUCUUUGGUUUCAGAAGCCAAUGUUGUAGCUGUUUCUGUUGACUAUAGGUUGGCGCCGGAGCACCCUUUGCCGGCGGCAUAUGAAGACUCAUGGGCGGCUCUAAAAUGGGUGGAGUCCCAUUUCGCCGGAAUGGGCCCGGAAGAGUGGCUGAACCGGCAUGCAGAUUUGAACCGGGUUUUCUUUUCUGGUGAUAGUGCUGGGGCUAACAUAGCUCACCACAUGGGUUUGAGAGUUGGGUCUGAGAAGCCGGUGGGUUUUAAGCUGAAUGGAAUUGUUCUGGUGCAUCCCUACUUUUGGGGUGAAGAACCAAUAGGGGGAGAGCUAGCUUUGGGUGAGAGUCAUAGAAAUUUGUUGGCUACUUUGUGGAGGUUUUGUUACCCUUUGACUAGUGGAUCCGAUGAUCCGUUGUACAAUCCGGGUAAGGAUCCGAAGUUGGGGGAGAUGGGUUGUGAGAAAGUAUUGGUCUGUGUUGCGGAGAAGGAUUCGUUGAAAGAUAGGGGGUGGUAUUACAGUGAGUUGUUGAAGAAGAGUGGAUGGAAUGGAGUUGUGGAGGUUAUGGAAGCAAAGGAGGAGCAGCAUGUGUUCCAUUUGUUCAAUCCUACUUGUGACAAUGCUGUGGCCAUGCUCAAGAAGAUCGUAUCUUUCAUGAAUUAGUACGUUUUGUCGUUUAUUGUUUCGAUUCUGAUUAGCUUCUUGGUCUCUUCUUUAUCUGUUCUGGUAUUGUAUGCGUGCUUGUACUACCUUAUUAUGUUACUUAAGAGCCUAGUGCAAGGGAAUUCUAUGCUGAAAUUGUGAAAUGUGAAAUCAAUCUAGCUUCUUAA